AAGUUUCCUGAACAGAGGGUCUCUUUCAAGGCGGACGAUUAAAGCCCCUCAGGAAGAAUGAGGUUGAUUUUCCAUUUCGUCGAGUUUCACUUUCAAGAAGCUCUCGCCCAGGUCAAGAGCCUCAAAACUGGCUUGAAACCCACCACAAACGCUCGGAACGUAUGCAGGGAUUCGUCCAGAUCGUUCAUCAAGCUCUUUUGGAGGAAGGUUGUUAAGCAAUCCACAUGAAGGAUCUAGAUCUGGACAAUCCUUGCAGGGUGAAACUGACGUUUUUUGGUAGAGGAAGAAAACUUGACUAGAGACAAAGAAGAACCUGCACCACCGACAACAUCAAAUCCAUUGUCAUAAAUAUGGACUUCCGGAUAGUUGGAUACCUCUUGACAAUUCUGAUUUGUGGUAGUUUGGGCAAACCAGUCAGUGAAGACCACACCGACGACUUAUUGACCACUACCGAAGCUACUCCGACUGACUCAACGACUGAAAAUAUAACCACAGACCCAAGCACAGAGACCAUCGAAACACAAAGUGUCAUCGCCAACGCAACCCUUGACACAUCCAUACCCCACUCUGAUUACCAUGAAUCUGACAAUCUGGUUGAAUCCGAGAGCCCCUACGAUUAUGACCCGAUGGAUCAGUUGGCCAUGGAGAGCGAGUCUGUUCAAUCUGUGGUCAUGGUAGCCCCACUCCCAAAAAAAUUCCAAGCUGACGAGCUUGGUCCUAAAUUGAACGCCAUGUUUGUCGAUGAGUCAGAUCUAGCCAUGAUUGAGAAUGAGACGGAGGACCCAACCCUGAGUCCUGUUGCUUUUGUGUCAAUUGCUCCUGAUGACGGUGAGGUCCUCGUUCCAAUUGACAGUUUUGAUGCAGAGGCAACUGUAGAGGCAUCCGAAGUUGUUCCAGAUCUAACCGAGGUCCCUGAUGAGACCACAACCGAUGGAUUGGCGAGCACCACUGAACCUAAUACUUUUGAUGACCAACGGCUUAUUGCCAGGGAUCAACCGGAGACUAUGGAUGACACGGAAGAUGACGACUAUGAGGGUGAGAUCUCGAAUGCACCAGCUCCUUUGACCCCCGAAACCGCAAUCACUGAGGCCACUGGAACCACAGUCACAGAGACAAUCGAGACUGCGAGCACUGAGGCCGUUGAAAAUACAAUCAUUGAGGCCACAACUCUCAUGCCUCUAAUUCAACCUGUAACGAACAUUGUGGAUCAACCAGAAAUUGUUGAGGAGCCCUUCGAGCAAGUUGAAGCAUCCAUACUAUGUUCAAGAGGGGACGGGGAUCCUUUGAGAUGCGGAUCCGGCAAAUCAAAAGCCGAAGUGGAGGAUCUGAAUCAGGGCAAUGACGUUCGAGUGACCUUGGAGGACGUCGUUUUCCACAAUAGUACCGUCAAUGCUGAUGACGUUGUAGCACAUCAGGUGGUUAAGAAGGGAGGCGCUCUUUCCAAGGAGGAUCAAGUUGAAGGUUCCAUUGAUAAGGCCGAAGGGAAAGAAAAUCUACCAGCAGAGUAUCGGCUUCUCAAGCCUUGGAUGACCAUAACUACCACUUCUACGAGCAUAGUUGCCAUUUCCACCGACAUCCUCACAGUUUUCAGUUCGUGUUGGCGGACUGCCGUGCCAAUGACCACUUGUACCGGUUCCAUGUUGACCCCAUCAUCAGGGCGGAGACGCCGAUCCUCGUUGGUGGUUGAACAGCCGCUUUUGGAUCAGAAUGGCCAAGCAGAGCCCUUCACUCCCGCUAUUCAAGCAACCAAGGCAAGUAAAUACACAAGACCCGAAGUCGGCCUUGUUCAGGAUUCUCAAAGUGAUCGACGUGCCUGGGCAAAGCUCUUGCUCACUUAUGAACAAGUGCAAGUGCUCAAUGUGACCUCAACUGUGACAGCCACGAUCGUCGGCAAUGGCUACGAGACGCUCAGAUUUACAAGCGACAUUGCGGACCCUGGAUGCCUCCCUUUGGAUUUUUUGGCGUCCAAUGCAGUGGGUCCUUGUUGAUUGAAUUAAAUAUAAACGAGUUAAGAGAUUAUUAAACAUACACACACACUGUU